AUGAUCUGGAAACUUCUGAUUGGGAUUUUAAUGACUGUUUGUAUAGCAAGAUGUACCCAUCUUUCAUACACCAUAGAACAAUACAAUACUUUGAGAGAUUCUCUCCUUGCUAAUUAUUCUAGUAAGACCCGUCCGAUCAAAAAUCAAGGAGAGUCUUUACAAAUGGAGAUGAGUCUAUGGAUUUCCAGUAUUAAUGACGUCAGUGCCGUUAAUCAGAAGAUGGUGACCACAGCCUACCUUUAUGUCAAGUGGAAAGAUGAAAUCAUUACCUGGAAUUCUACAGACACAGGGAUUUACUGGAUUCAGUUUAAUCAGAAUGACCUCUGGAUACCUGACCUGGUUCUGAAGAAUGGGUUCACUGAAUUCAAGCCCCUCGGUGGGAAAUUCUACUAUGUGUUUGUGGACUAUGACGGCACUAUCCACUGGUACCCCCAUAUGGUAUUUGAGUCCAUAUGCGACAUUGAUAUAUCCAAUUAUCCUUUCGAUAAACAGACUUGCAAUAUUGUCUUCGAAACUUGGAGUUACACAAGAUGGGAAAUAAAUCUGACAGUAUCUGCUGCUAAAGUCGAUGCUGGUGAAAAGAUGGGGUUUGCUGUAACCAUAUUUCUUACGUUUGCUGUCUUCCUAACUAUGGUGGGAUGUCGAAGCUUCAUAAAUUGA